UAUGGCUUGACUUUGUUUUUAACCAAUAUAUAUGUCCUAAUUCCUGGUUCACCAUAACCUUUUCCAUUAAAUCCCCUCAAUCCUAAUUUCAGAAAUUAAUGAAAUCAUAUCUCUUGUUUAACCUAAAUUCAUCGUUAGUUUAGAUUGAUUCUUGUUCGAAUUGGGUUCCUACUGAUUUCUACAUGAGUUAUUGGGGAUUGUUCUUUCUUUUUGCAUCAACUUGCAAUCCCUAAAUCUUUACACGCCGCUGUUCACCACCUCCAGAAAAAAACCCAUUUCAAUAACUGCUGACCAAUCUAGAAAUUGAAUUCACUGGCCGAAAACCCGAAAAUCAUCUAAGAAAAAUGCGAGCUUUGCUACGCUUGGUCUCCUCCAUAAACCAAUCAAGGAAAUGUCCCCAUUUUGUUAAGAACCCAAAUGGUUUAUCGUCUUUGCUGCCCUUUUCUUCGAGCUCCACAAGCAAUGACGGCAACAAUCCAAAUGAUUGGGGAAGCAGUUUCGGCGGCGGUGGCGGCGGAGGAGGAGAUGAUAACUUAGGAUGGGACACCCCUGAUUCCUCGUGGUCUACUGGGCUAACGAAAGAGCACUUUGACGGCGAGGUUGUUGGCCAGCAGGUGGCCCCAGGGCAGGCUCCGAACGCAUCCCGGCCGGAAUAUGGUGUUGGAGGACGCGGCGGCAGUGCCCAUAUGGGUCGUGCAAGGUGGACUGAUGAGGAAACAAUGAAGAUUAAGGAGUUGGAGGCUGCGAAUAGGAAAGGGAAAGUCUUUGUGGACAGUUGGGAUGAUAGGAUGAGUGAAAUGAGUGUGCUGCUGAAACAAGUGCGGGAACCAGGGGCGCGUGGAUCAUACUUAAAGGAUUCGGAGAAAGCCGAGAUGUAUAAGAAGCAUAAGGAGAAUCCUGAGGUGUAUACUGUGGAGAAAUUGGCAAAAGAGUACAGGAUAAUGAGGCAGAGAGUACAUGCUAUUCUAUGGUUGAAGGAAUUGGAAGAAGAGGAAGAGAAGAAGUUGGGCCGUAAGUUAGAUGAUUCAGUGGAGCUACUGCUUGAUACUUUCCCUGAAUUCUUUAAUUCUCAUGACAGGGAGUUCCAUGUUGCAUCCCUUCCUUACAAACCGGACUUCAAAGUUAUGCCUGAAGGCUGGGAUGGCACAACUAGGGACCCCGAUGAAGUGCAUUAUGAGAUAUCAAUGAGGGAAGAUGAGAUGCUAUAUCAAGAGUUUGUCCAAAGAAUGAACUUUAACAAGAUGAAGAUGAAUAAGGAGGUAAAAUGUCACAAAUAUAGCCGUAGGCGCCCAUCUGAGGGUUGGAACAUGACAGUUGAGAAAUUAGGAGCCCGAGGAAAGCGUGGAGAUGGUGGUGGCUGGAAAUUUGUAAGUAAGCCAGAUGGUUCCACCCGGCCCCUGAAUGAGUUUGAAAAGAUGUUUGUUAAGAGAGAGACUCCUCGCCGACGCCGAAAAAUUCUUCCUUGACAUGGAUCCGUGCAAUGAUGUUUCUUUCUGUAUCAAUUUUGUAGGGUUGAGCCAUCAUCAAGUUUCUCGUAGUUCUUUCCUUUACUUUUUUUUUGUUUUUUUUUUUCUUGAGGUUUUGUACCAUCAGGUGGAUACGUCUAUGCUUAUCGGUCACCUCACCAGUGUUGAUUGAUGACUGUUCACAUAUCCUUCUAUAACUGACGAAUGUUUUCCCACAUAAGGGUACUGAUAAUUAGUCUGAGAUAGAGCCCCUUCUGUGGAUCUCUUUCAUCGUUUAAGGGUCUAAAUGACCAAAAUGUGGGCAACAUAAUCUUCAAGGCAUAGGGAAAUGACUUGUGUAUCACCUGGAAAUCUUUGCAAAUGCAUCAAUAAUAUGCAAGAUUUCUUGCUUUGGCGAGCCUUUGUCGGAUUUCUUGCUGUUGUGUUGAAAUCAUUUAGGGUAUCAACUGUAGUCUUACAUAUAGGAUGUUGUCAGAAUUGGAUGGUAUAAAUUGUAGUCUUAUUUGUUCAGUUAUUGACUCAACCUUUGAUAGUGUGGGAACGAGGAACUAAACACUACGGGAUUGUAACUUUUAUCAAAACCUGUAACAGUUAAGAAAUUACAUGAGGUGGCCUUUUGAAUUACUAAAGUUCAAGCGAGAAGAGAUUGUGUUCUUCUUACUGACAUUGCGGAAACCCUAUUAAAUUGACCGAAGAACAUGAACCAGUAACCAAACCACCAAUUGCUUCCAACAAAUGGUCUAACAAAUAGUGAUCUCCGUGAUGAAUAUGAAGUGUGAUCACUUACCAAAGUCUUGGAUGUCCAAUCUACACAGCUUGAGUGAGGCUCAAUAAGUAGUGAUGCAUAAUAUUUAGCUCACACUAAUAGAAUGCCUGAUACUAUUGUUGUAUAGGUUUUGUUUUUGAAAAAAAAUAUUCCGUUGACCUCCCAUCCAAAUGUGCUAUUCCAUUUGAGCAAGAA